AACAGCAAUGGCGUCCUCCUCUUCUCUGCCGGUGGCCGUCGUUCUUCUCUUCUUCGUGUUCGCAGCUGCCGCCGACGAUGCUUCCUGCAAUCACGACUUGCAAUUGAUCAAGGUGAAGAGUUGGGUUGAUGGUAAGAAAGAUGAAAUGUAUAACGGUAUGACCGCAAAAUUUGGCUCUAGUUUGCCUGAGAAUGCUGAUCAAAGUGUCAGAACUACUGCGGUUUUGCCUAAUCCUAUAGACUGUUGUUCCUCUUCAACUUCAAAGUUAUCUGGAUCAGUUGCUGUUUGCGUACGCGGUAAUUGUGACUUCACAACUAAAGCUGAAUUCGCGCAGUCAGGAGGCGCUACUGCCAUGUUGAUGAUAAACGAGUCAGAUGAUCUCUUUGAGAUGGAGUGCUCCAAUGGCACUACGGUAAAUAUUUCAAUUCCAGUUGUGCUGGUAACAAAGUCAACAGGAGAAGCUCUCAACAAAUAUUUAACGUCUAAGAAAGUGGAAGUUUUGCUAUAUGCUCCAACUCGACCAAUUAUAGACUACUCAGUUGCAUUUUUGUGGUUGAUGGCUGUUGGAACAGUUAUAUGUGCUUCGCUAUGGUCAGAUAUAACUGCUCCUGAUGAAUUUAACGAACGCUAUAAUGAAUUGUCUCCCAAGGGAUCUUCUAAGGCUGGAACCGGGAAAAAUGAUUCUGAGAAGGAAAUUGUUCACAUAGAUACAAAGGGUGCUAUUGUCUUUGUCAUUACGGCCUCUACUUUUCUUGUGUUACUGUUCUUCUUCAUGUCAUCUUGGUUUAUCUGGGUGCUGAUUAUACUUUUCUGCAUUGGUGGUAUUGAGGGGAUGCACAAUUGUAUUGUAAGCCUCGCUUUAAGAAAGCGUCCAAGUUAUAGUCAGAAGACUGUUAAUGUACCUCUGUUUGGGGAGGUUUCCAUUUUCUCGCUGGUAGUGUUACUAUUCUGUGUGAUAUUUGCGGUUAUAUGGGUUGCUACUCGGCAUACAACAUUUUCAUGGUUUGGCCAAGAUGUUCUAGGCAUAUGCUUGAUGAUAACAGUCUUGCAAUUGGCUCAAUUGCCUAAUAUUAAGGUUGCAACUGUACUCCUAUGUUGUGCGUUUGUGUACGAUAUCUUUUGGGUAUUCAUAUCUCCAGUGAUAUUCCGCAAGAGUGUUAUGAUUACAGUUGCUCGUGGUGACAAGGCUGGUGGUGAAGCAAUUCCCAUGCUUUUGAGAUUUCCUCGUCCUUCUGAUCCUUGGGGUGGCUAUGAUAUGAUUGGAUUUGGAGAUAUUCUCUUUCCUGGUUUGCUUGUUUCCUUUGCUCGUAGAUUCGACAAAGACAAUAAGAAGGGGGUCUUAAGUGGAUAUUUUCUUUGGUUGGUAAUUGGCUAUGGCUUUGGCCUCUUCUUCACAUAUCUAGGCCUUUAUAUGAUGAACGGUCAUGGACAACCUGCACUCCUAUACCUUGUUCCGUGUACACUAGGAGUCACUGUGGUAUUGGGAUCCAUAAGAGGUGAGCUAAGUAGCCUCUGGAAUUAUGAUGCAGACUCGUCUUCGUCCAAAGAACCUUCUGAAGUUUAAUCAUUACAAUAUUCCACGCAACUGCGAAAUGAUAUCAGGUACCAUCGAUAUCAGCUCAUGGGAUGCAAUCUAUAUAGAGGUUAGGAAAGAUACCUGGUGUACAGACAACUCAUUCUUGGGCCUCCCUAACUAUCUCUUGUAUUUUUUGAUUCAUCAACAAUGCGUGAAUGUUCUUUCCUGCUUCAUAGUUAAAAUGGGCGGAAGAUUAAUGCUCUGUUUGUAU